GCAUGAGCGCUUGCGCUCAUAAAAACAUAUUAUCAUACGCGCGAGUUGUUUGUCGCGCCGGCUACGGGGUAAGCGCAAACACCACGCCGAUCCCGUUCCGAGCCGCACCGUUUAACCUGCGCUGGUGUGCGCAGGCGCGAUCCCCCGAGUGGAGCAAACAACCACCGUAUAAAAAAGCGCGGAACAGCGUAACUAGGGCAGUCGAGCCAUCGAACAUUCGUUCGUACGUUCGUAUCCGAUCUCCGCUAAACCCUGAUUUCCAGACACCGCUCCGAGCGAAAGCUUGGAAUCCUGAUCCGCUCCGCCGUUCUACGACGAAGCGAGCUCCUGAGCCAGCGUCCGUUUCACGAUCCGAAGCGCAUACAGUCCGAGGGCAGUGGCAUCGUCUCGAGGUGGAGCAUUCUCCGUCUCUGCCGAGUUUGUCUCGACGACGACCGCAACUGACACUCGGAACCAGCCGCAAGUGCACCGACGGGUACGGGAGUGGAGUAUUCUCCGUCUCCGCCGAGACUCCUCUCGGCCCCGCACGCACGUGGACAGAACCGCGCCAGCCAACCGGUGCAAUUUCAGACAGAGGAUCACGCCAUGUAUAUAAUAAUGUACUCCGGUGACUUUGGUCUGCCUCUUAUAUUUUUGCGAUGCUGUGUUCUGACUGAGUUGAAAGUCGAUUGAACAACUGCGAUGUGAUUCUGCGUUUGAGGUGCUCCGCUGGUGCGUGAGUUUUGCGUAAUAUGUUCAUUUUAUAAUAUUCGUGUUUUUAAUUGUAUUGAAUUAAUAGGUCCUUUUCACACUGAAGAUGGUCAAAUGUUAACCGAAACGUUUGUGUAGAUCCAAUUAUGGAUUAAAUUCUGGUUUAAUAAAUAUUAGCACCGCUAACCUGCUACGCUCGAUUCUAUUAUUUAAUUGUAUUUUAAAGAAGGCAUUUUGGACAAAACUACGAUUUCCGGAGCGCCAAGUUUUGACCGUGGAUUCU